AUGCCUAUCACCCCCGACCAAAAUGCCGCAAUUAAAGAAAUAAUUACGACGAUCAUAAGCCAGACGGCACCUCGAGGAAAGCGGCAACUAGCCGCAAUGUUUAUGGACUUGGUGGAUCGGAGAGGAUGGCCACAUUACUACGAGGUCAUUCCUGAACCACGGUGCUUAAAGCAAAUCCAGUCUGGAGUCGAAAAAGGGCGAUACAAGGAAGCAACCGACGUGUACACCGAUUUGUCGCUCGUGUUUUGGAACGCGUUGUACUACAACGAGGACGACAGCCAGAUAGCUGCAGAUGCGAAGACGCUCAAGAAUACCCUAGAAGCCGAGUGGAAGAAGCGAAGCGUGCUCCCAAAUACACGCUCUUCACCCCCACCUUCAUCUGCGCAGAAGGUCCACGGAGGCGUAGAGACGAAAGGAGAGUCGGGUCCGACCCCGGCCCCACCCCCAGCCGCGAGCACGUCGCAGCCGCAAUCCCAAUCCCAGUUCGCAUACACCAAACCCAUACCGAUUAGACCCAAGUCGUCUGCCCAAAACCAGCCAACACCUGACGUAGAGGUGGACGUAGUGUCACAAGAUUCCGACGAGGAGGGCGAAGGUCCUUCGGCGCCCGUGGAACGAGAUCCACGCAGUGAGGAGAUCGUGAAGCAAUUGGAAAAGGGCUUACCCAGAUUCCCUGGGUUUGGAGAGGAAGGGUGGAUGGACGAAGUUACUCCUGGCCGCCUUUCGGAUAUUGUUCAUACGAUCAAGAGCUAUAAAGACGUCAUUGGUAAUCGGGUUGCGACAUGCUUGGAAUCUCUGCCGGAAGAUUCGUCCCCGGCUCUGUAUCUGUCCGACACAGCACCGAUAUCUCUGAAGCAGAUCGAGACGCGAACGAGGCAUAAGAUGUACAAAAACGCGAAGGACUUCGACAAGGAUAUGAUGCGGUUGUUCGAGAAGGCACGGCGAUGGCACGAGCCUGGUACAGAAGCCUAUGGUCGAGCACUACUCCUUCAGCGUCUAUAUCAAGCUCUAACAGGCCCGAACCCCAUCGCUCCUCCAUAUGUCUCGUCAACGAACUUCGCCUCUCUAAGGGCUGGUCCAGGAAAUGUGAAGCCUGUGCACUCACAAGAGAGCGACCUGCCAAGUGUGACCGUAAACAGGACCCUUACGAAAGAUCGUGUCUUCGUCGAUGAGGUACACUUCAAAGGGUGGAGGCUCGGUGUCGCCGAUUGGGUCCAUCUCAGCAACCCAGAUGACCCCAGCCGGCCCAUCAUCGGCCAGGUAUUCAAGUGCUGGCUGUCAGACGAAUUCGAUAAGAAAGGGAACCCUGGUAUUACGGUCUCAUGGUACUAUCGUCCCGAGCAGACUUUCCACCCCGCGAAUCGGCAGUUCUGGGCCAACGAAGUAUUCAAAACGGGUCAUUAUGCGGACCAUCCAGUGGAAGACCUCAUCGAGCGGAUCGCGGUGCAGUUUGCGGCACGGCACAUCCGUGGGCGCCCGCGCCCGCCGAUCUGGUAUCUCGGGUUCCCCCUGUAUGUCUGCGACUCGCGGUAUCGCGACCACGAGCGCGUGUUCAGGAAGCUGAAGAACUGGAACCAGUGCGUGCCGGACGAGGUGAGGGGGAAGGAGGAGUGGAUGCAGAUAUACCCGUUUGAGAAGACGGUGUACCCGCCGACUGUCCCGAGCCCGUUUGUGGGGAAGGGGAGCACGAAGGGCGGUCCUGGUGUGAGCAAGUACCCGGGGGGGUUGAUUAGUGCGACAGAGAAGGAGAAGGAGAAGGGAGAGAAAGCUGAGGGGCAGGGCGAGGCGUCAUCCAGUAGAAAGAGACCGCAAAAUGCGAGCUUGGGCGCGACGGCGACGGCGAACGCAACUGCAAAUGCGGCCGCGCGUGCAAGCUCGAGCACACCGGCGAGGACGAUCACUUCUCCUGCGACUUUUGCGACACCAACGCCAGUACCUUACCAGCAACAACAGGCCGCAGCCUACCAACCGCCCGCCAUACCGCGUCCAGCAGGACCCGACCGGUCAGUUAUCACGGCCGCUGGAGGUCUCGCCGCGAUUGGCGGCCUCGAGCAGGUCGAGCGGCUGCCACCUGAGACAACGAGACUGUUGGACCGCGACCCCGAUACUAACGAGGUGCUGUGGUUCGCGGCGCCGCCCAUGAAUACACCCCGUGCGAGUGGUGCGAGGCAUAGUUUGGCGUAUCUUGAGUUUAUUGCUGCAAAGAGAAGGAAGGCAGCUGGCAAAGGGGAGGGCGAUGGGGAGGGUAUGGACGUCGACGGAAAAGGACCUGCGAAACGAGCUCGUGUGGCGGUUCCACCUACCGUUAUGGAGACGACGAGGCAGGUGCUCCAGCAAAUGCAGCAGUACCAGGAGCAGAUGGCGGUCGAUGGAUAG